UGUUUCUGCCCGGUUAUAAUGUCAACUAAGCCUUCAGAAGAACCUUGCCUGGAUCGACGCUGUGGACCAUGUCGGGUGAUGACGGUCAUCACGGUGGGAGUCCUGCUUGUCACUGCAGUCGUCACCGCCAGCCUCAUAGCAACGUCACUACCCGUGAACAUCUCCGCCACCACACCAAGCAGGAAAGCGGCGACUGUUAAAGUUCCCGCUGACGGCGACUGUCUGGACAUCGCCGUGAUCGGCGGCGGUAUUGGGGGCGCCUACGCUGGGUGGAGACUGAGGGACAGAGGUCUCUCCAUCUCCGUGUUCGAGUACUCGGACCGAGUCGGGGGGAGACUCUUCUCUGCCGAGCUGCCUGUCGCCCCGGGGACGUACCUCGAUUUUGGGGGAAUGAGGUUUAAAUCGGGAGCUCAUCCAACACUGAAUAGAACAGCAACAGCGAUCGGACUUAACAUCAUCCCCUUUGAACUCGGAUACGGAAAUGCAGAUGAGACAAUCUGGUACAAUCGUGGCAUGCGCAUGCGCAAUUCUGACAUCGGAACAAGUGCUAUACCGUACAACCUUGGGGAGGGAGAGGCAAAGGACCCUGAUACGUUACUGUGGGAGAUGUUCAAGAACAACGCCAACCUCACCGACACCUACCCAAGCCUUGACCAACUGUAUUCACUCACGACCUCAGACGGAACGCCGCUGUACAAAAUGACAGUCGACAACUUCUACGGCCGCUACGCCAGCAGGGAAGCCUACAACUACGCGCUGGACACCGGUGGCUGGGCCGACACAGUGGGUGUGCAGGGAGCCCUCCACAUCCCCAAGCUGUUUUUAUCCUACCCCGGGGAUACAGGGACUUCUGAAGGAUACAAGACAAUCGAGGGGGGACUGGGGCUGGUUCCACAGACUCUCAUGAAGAAAUUUCUGGAAGCUAACACCAGUCACAAGCUCCACCUGAACCACCAGCUGAUGAGGAUGGAGAAGAGACAGACUGGAGGAUACAACCUCAGAUUCAGGAAGACUCAGACAAUAGAUGGUGUUACAACUCCCGUACAGACUGGCAAUACUGGCUUGACGAUGUGUGCGAGGAAGGUAGUGUUGGCUGCCCAGAAGGAAUGUAUACAACAGAUUGACUUCCCCGAGUUCAAGAACAACCCCGAGAUUGUGAAGAAUCUUGACUCUGUCCUUGGAUUUCCAGCUGGUAGAAUCUACCUCGCCUACAACACCAAGUGGUGGAAGAAUGGCAACCCUGACAUCACCCAUACCAAGAGUGACCUUCCCAACAGACAGACCUAUGACUGGUCCACCGGCACCAACAACGUCUCCAUCAUCAUGGCGUCCUACCACGACGGGGACUUCGCACACUACUGGCGAGAACUGAGUCAGUUCGGGACACCCAUCCCUGGCAGUCUCCCAGGAGUGAAUGCCGUUACCGACGUCGUCAAGAAGAGAGUUGAGAAGUACCUGAGCGCCAUCUACAACGUCAGCCAAUCUGACAUCCCCGAGGCUGUUGGGGGCGCAAUGAUGUUGUGGGACAAGUAUCCGUUCUCUGCUGCAUGGAGCUACUUCAAGCCCGGGUUUGAUGAGCGACAAGUCCGUGAUUUAGUCUACAAACCGUCCCCGUCUGACCACGUGUACAUCGUCAGCAACUCCUGGGCUGCAGAUGAUAUGCAAGGGUGGUCAGAAGGAUCACUGAGGGCUGUUGAUGCUGUGAUAGCAAAAUAUUUCAGUGGGUAGACGUGGCAGACACAUGUUCUCACUAACUACCUUGAUUGUACGGUAUCCGGUUAACCACAAAGAGACGUCUGGCAAUAACGGAAGAUACUACAUACUGUGCAUAAAUGUGGAUUUCGUUUCGCUCCGUGAAAACCGAACAUAUACUACAUCUAUUACGUUUGACCAUGCUCCGCAGUAGAGUCCACACUGAUGUAGGUUGGCGACAUUUCCUUAUACGAGGAACUACAUGGAGUCUGUGGAUGCUAAGAAGUCAGAGAAAUAAAAGAAACAGAUUAAGUAUGAAUCCAUAUCAGCGGGUCCUGGCACCUGGAAUAUUGCUGAGUGCUAAUUUUUUUAAUAUUUUCAUUAAGAUCUAGAUUUAUUUUUAUAAGUUGUAUUUUAAGAACCAAACUCAGGAGGCAGGUUCUUAAGAAUGUGGACAUGUAUAUGUGUUACGUUUUAUAUAUUUUUGUGUAUACACCUAUAUUAUACGAAAUAAUAUUUCAUACCUGCACCUUACAAUAAAGAAAUGUAUCUUUUAUCAUAA